CCCCAUUCUCAACAUAUGGGAAGGGAUCCACAAGUGCAUCCUCACCACCAACAGCAGAAUACAACGGUUGUUAUCAACCAGCCCGGUGCACAGAACAACCCAUUAAUGGUUGGAACAAUACAUGGAACCAGAGGAUGGUCAACUGAUCUCUUUGACUGUUUUGGAGAUGUCAACAAUUGUUUGUAUACCGCCUUUUGUUACAGCUGUGCAAUGUAUAGUAUUGCUAUACGCGUCGGAGAAUCUGCCUGCACAAUGUGCUGUGUACCAGCCGUUGAUAUCAACAUAAGAACAAGAAUAAGAACUCUUGGUGGUAUACAGGGUGAUAUGUGUAACGACUGUAUGAUUGUUGCCUUUUGUGCAGCUUGUGCAGCCUGUCAGGAAAACAGAGAGCUACGUGCGAUGGGACUCUAAACCAGUUUGUUCGCGUAU